UGAUUCUUCUCCUUCGUGUGAAUAAGGAUCGACAUUUCGACUUAGCUGUCAGCUAUAGGGAAAAUACAUUUUAAAACAUUUACAAAUUAAAAGGUUUUUUUCGACGCGCACGGAAAACAAAGGAAAGGAACUCCGACCGAGAAUGGCUGCCACUCGUCGACUGACCCGGGAGCUCUCCGACUUGGUUGAGGCCAAGAUGAGCACUCUGCGGAACAUCGAGAGCAGCGACGAGUCCCUGCUGAUGUGGACGGGUCUUCUGGUUCCGGAGAAGCCGCCGUACAACAAGGGCGCCUUCCGCAUCGAAAUCAACUUCCCGCCACAGUACCCCUUCAUGCCGCCCAAGAUCCUUUUCAAGACGAAGAUCUACCACCCGAACGUGGACGAGAAGGGCGAGGUCUGCCUGCCGAUCAUCAGCACCGACAACUGGAAGCCGACGACGCGCACCUCGCAGGUCCUCCAGGCCCUCAUCGCCAUCGUCCACGACCCCGAGCCGGAGCAUCCGCUCCGCUCUGACCUGGCCGAGGAGUUCGUGAAGGAGCACAAGAAGUUCAUGAAGACCGCUGAGCAGUUCACCAAGAAGAACGCGGAGAAGCGACCGGAGUGAGGUCAGCUGACCGUUCCCAUUGUUUGUACUUCAAAAUUAAAUAAAGUUUAGGCCAUUAAUCGCAA